GUGAGCGAAAGAAAGCCUUCAGAUAGCACCCAUCACUAAUAUCUUUGUUUCUAUUCCUCGAGAUCUUGACAAUGGACAACCAAAUCCUCCCUGAAGACCAAGCCAGCCCUAGCCUUGCGCAGAGCUUCAACAUUCUGGGCCUCCCGGCUUACACAGCGAUAGCCAUUGUCCCGGACAAUGCCGCUUCAUUGCCCAAUUGCAUGUCCAAGACCAUGAGACACUAUCUUCUCAAGACAUUCCCGGAUCUUGCUGUGGUUGCGGAAGAGUCUCGGUGGGAGAGCCAACCUGCUGUUUCGUCUAGGAUUGGCACCCGCAGUGCCCCUCUGCGUUCCUUGCUACCCAUGGCCCCCCAACGCCAAGACAGCAUCCUGAGCUUUUCUUCUUGCUCCACAUCAGGCAGCAGCUGCAGCAGCAGUAGCAGUUCCAAGAGUUCCACAGGAUCUUUGAACCGAAGAAGUCUCCUCGCCCGUCAAGGAAGCACUAUGAGUCUACUGGUGCGUCAGAGCAGUCUCCGAACCGUUGGCGGAGGAGUCGGUUUGCCAAGGAUGCCCAAACGCCAAGACAGUGUUUCUUUUCUGUUUUAAGUGAAUGGCAGGUGAAGGGGGAGACCAGGAAGGGAACCCAAGCAAUUUGGCAGGACAACGGUUGACUUCAAGGAAUGCAUAUAGAUCGACCUCCUGCGGGUACAUGAAUGCCUCUCAAUGAAGCGAAAGGUCGGUCUGCAUUUGGAACCAGUCCAGGGAAAACGGAGAGACAACAUGGCGACGGAUGAAUACAGGUCAACCUCACCAAAUGGAUGCCUCUCACAGCGAAGCGAAAGGUUGACUUGCACUUAGAUGACUUUUUUACAAGUAGGAUCGUAACAUGCAUAGUAACACUCCAUGAUACACAAUC